CUUAUGGUUGCUGCUGUUUGGAAUCUACAAGCCGAAGAAUUAGAAGAUACUAUAUUUAGUUGAAUUGUAAAUAAACAGGUCUUUUGCAAUCUGGCAAAAUGGCUGAUAGUCCAAACUGUGAUUUGAAAUCUCUCAGUCCGCUUCAGCUGUUCGAAAGAGUAACUGAACAAGGAGAGAAAGUCAGAGCACUGAAAGCAGGAAAAGCACCAAAGGAUGAAAUUGAUGCAGCAGUGAGGAUGCUAUUAUCGUUAAAACUGUCAUAUAAAUCAGCAACAGGACAAGAUUAUCAGGCAGGCUUGCCCCCAAGAGAUCUUGUAUUAAUAAACAACGGAACAACUAAAGAAGAGGAUGAAGAUUUUGUGGACCCCUGGACAGUGCAGACUUCAAAUGCUAAAGGCGUGGAUUAUGAUAAACUCAUAGUUCGGUUUGGCAGCAGUAAAAUUGACACAGACCUCAUCAAUCGAAUAGAAAGAGCUAUUGGGCAAAAACCUCACCGCUUUCUACGUAGAGGAAUCUUUUUUUCUCAUAGAGAUAUGGACCAAAUCCUCGAUGCUUAUGAAAAUAAGAAGUCCUUUUACCUUUAUACAGGUAGAGGGCCAUCCUCUCAGGCAAUGCAUGUUGGUCAUCUUAUCCCAUUUGUGUUCACAAAGUGGCUGCAAGAAGUGUUUGAUGUUCCCUUAGUGAUACAGUUAACUGAUGAUGAGAAAUACCUUUGGAAGGACAUGACAACUGAGAAGGCAUAUGAAUAUGCUAAAGAAAAUGCAAAAGACAUCAUUGCAUGUGGUUUUGACAUCAAUAAAACCUUUAUAUUUUCUGAUUUAGACUAUUUGGGGACAAGUACUGGAUUCUACAAAAAUGUUGUCAAAGUUCAGAAGCAUGUUACAUUUAACCAAGUGAAAGGAAUCUUUGGCUUUACAGACAGUGACUGCAUUGGAAAGAUCAGCUUUCCUGCUAUUCAAGCCGCUCCAUCCUUCAGUUCAUCAUUUCCACAGAUCUUCAAUGGCAAGGAGAACAUUCAGUGUCUUAUCCCAUGUGCUAUCGAUCAGGACCCUUAUUUUAGAAUGACCCGGGAUGUAGCCCCUAGGAUUGGACAACCUAAACCAGCCUUACUGCAUUCAGUCUUCUUCCCAGCCCUACAAGGAGCACAGACAAAAAUGAGUGCUAGUGACCCAAACUCCUCCAUCUUCCUCACCGAUACACCCAAACAAAUCAAGACAAAGAUUAACAAGCAUGCCUUCUCAGGAGGCAGAGAUACUAUUGAAGAGCAUAGGAAGUAUGGAGGUAACUGUGAUGUUGACGUGUCUUUUAUGUACCUGACGUUCUUCCUAGAAGAUGAUGACAGGCUUGAACAACUGAAGCAG